AUGCUCGCCCCCUUCCCCACCAACCUGCGCGACCCCAACAAGCCCCCUCGCUCUGGAUCCACCUCUCCGAUCACCCCACGCAAGUCCGCCACCACGCCAAAGCCGAAGCCUACCAAGAGCAAGAGCAAGGAUAAGCAGCUGAGCGCGACCUCCCGCUUUCUCCGCCGGGCCAACUCGACCAACCCCGAUGGCAUCUCCCCCGAACCCUCCUCCAGCUGGCUCAAGCCCGCCUUCCUCCGCCCGCCCCAGUCCUCCCCAUCCUCCAAGUCGACGUCCCCAUUCCAGAACAAGUCCCAGCUCCAGCUGCCCCCGGGUCUCGGUCGAGGCAGUGCCGGCAUCCCAUCCAGCUCGUCCUCCGCCUCCCUCACACGCAGCAUGAGCGCCCGCGCGAGCGGCGAGCGCAUACGCGGCGACCGCGACCACGACUCGAGCAGCCCAGGCAGCUAUCUCUACAGACCCAAUCCGAACCUGCGCGACGGCGCACGCGCACCCUCGCCCGGCGGCGCGUCCUCCAUCUCGUCCCGCCGCACGCGCCCGACGAGCCUCACGCUCUCGCUGUCCCUUGACAUGGUGCGGCGGCACGGGUUUGCGCCCGACGAGGACGCGGAUGGGGAGGACGAUGAAGACGAGGAUGUAGAUGCGGAUGGAGACAGAGAUGAGGACGAGGAUGUGCCCGAGGACGGAGACGCGGACGGGGAUGAAGCGGGGGACGCCGUGGACGAGCUCAGCGCUGCCUAUCAUCGUUCCUCGCGCUCAUCAUCCUCCCCCGUGGCGGCCCGGAAGUCCCGCUCCGCCACCGCUCCCGUGGGUAGGGUGGGAUGGGAAAGCGCGCCGGCCAGUGGAUGGGGAAGCGGCGGAGGGGGAGGAGGGUGGAUGAGCGCGACGACGGCGACGACGACCGAGGACGAGGUGGACGGGGAUGGCGGCGAGGACUCGCCCAUCGACCCCGAGUUCCUCCCCGAGGCGCGCCCGCGCUCGUCUGUGUCUGUCGCGUCGGUGCCCAGCUCGUCGCAGCACGCGUCCCUCCUCAAGGCCGCCGCGCUCAGCGGGCCGCUCAGUGCCAGCGCAGACUACGGCUACGGCGGCGCAGCUGCACGCCCGCGCACGAGUUCAAGUAUAGACUCGAGCGGGAACAACAGUCAUUAUCACGCUAGCAGCUUCAACAUGAACAUGAGCUCUGACGCGCUCAGCAUGCGCACCUGGGCUUCCGCGCUGGCAAGCGCGGAGGACGGCAGGGACGGGUUCUACAGCCACACGCCAAUCGGGUCCGCAACGUCGCUCACGCGCGGGACAAGCCUCAGCGUAGGGUCGUCCCCCCUGCUCGAGCUGCGUGAGUCGCCCCUCAAGAUCAAUCCCAACACGUCUGGCACUGGUUCACCUCCGCCGCGCCCGCCGAGACACCCGCAGCACGUUCUAAGCGGCAGCGCGAACCCCAGCCCCGUCAGCUCGCCGUUUCCCGACACACCCAGCAGCGCAGGAGGCGCAAAGGACAAACCCUCACUUCCUUUUCUCCUCCGCCGUCGAACCAUAUCCGCCUCCUCCAACUCCAAGGCGCCCCCUCCGCUCUCCGCUCUCCGCUCCCAAUCUGGGCCCCAAGUCCAGUCGCAGACCCAUGCCCAAUCAUCAUCAUCAGCCACCGCUUCCGCCUCUCCCACCCUUACCUCUCCCUCGUCCCUCGCAUCUCUCCGUACACCCUUCCGAAAGCGCCGCGCACCCUCUGCGGGGCCCGCGCCCUCGGCCUUUUCUUCCUUCCUGAGGCCGGGCUCGCCGACAAGCACAGGCGGCGGCGGCAGCAAUUCGCGUUCACCCUCCCCGCAACAACCUCGUCCCUUCCCCUCCUCGUCUCCCCUGCCUUCGGAUCAGUCCCGGUCCUCCAUUCCCCCUUCGCCUACGCCUUCUCACGGCGCGCACGGCAAAGCAUUGUCCUUGCCGCUCACCGCCAUUACCACCGGGCCAGCCUCACCGGGGCUGGCAACGCUGCAAGAGACCGUGCCGCGAUCGAGCUCACCGGCGCCUAUGCGCACGCGCUCGCAGUACGAGGAGAAGACGCAGGAGCAGGAAGAGCCUUUUCGGACCGGAGCGGCCGCGAAGACCAGGCCACGGACGGCGCCUCAAGCGCGGUCGCAGUCGCAGUUUCAGGAGCAGGAGCACGCGCACUUGAUGCACCCGCUCUUGCGCGUGCACCACAGGGUGCUCACGCAGGCGGCGGCGGCACCGAACAAGAAUCAGUAUCAGAACCAGGCGCUGCCUCCGCCUCCCCCAGUCUCGGCUACACAGCAGCAGCAGCACGGCUCGCCGGGGCCAGCGCCGGGGCCAGGAACGACUGCGCCCCGCUUCAACACAACCGAUCGCGCGAUUCUCUCCUCACUGCGUGCCACGCUCGACGCGCGUGCGUUGCAGUUCGCGCUCAAAGGCCCGCUGCUCGUGCCCCGCCCGGGCGGCGAGCCGGGGUGCGCUGUCGCAUCGCAGCGCGCGUCGGCGGACGCGAGCACGGCCGUCACGCCGCGGACGGAGGCCGGUGAAUAUGUAUUUGUGAAGCACACGGCGAACGGGAGGGAUCUCGCUGCGGGCGCGGUGGGAGCAGGAGGGGACACGGGCGCGGGCAUGGGCAUGGGAGGCGCGGACGGGAUGAGCACGGGUCCGGUCGGGGAGGGCGCGCCGAGCGCGGCGCACGUGUUGAACGUGCACGGCGGCUUCGACGCGUCGCAGCGGAUGCACCACCCCGAGCCGCGCAGGGCGGCGCCGUACCCGCGCUCGUACGAGCGUGCGGUUGUCGAUUUAGAUGUCUGGGAGACGCUGUGGGCGAGACAGAUAUGCGGCAGCUUGACGUGGCAUGUGUUCGAGACGCCCCCCGCGAAAGUACUCGACAUUGGCUGCGGGACGGGAACCUGGAUCAUGGAGUGCGCCCGCGUCUGGAAGGACUCGCACUUUGUAGGACUCGACGUCGUUCCCUUGCAUCCGAACCUGAACACGAUCGGAUCGGGGCUUUCAGCACGCAUAAAGUGGGAGCAGCACAAUUUCCUUGAAGGUUUGCCGUUCCCCAACGAGGAAUUUGACUACGUGCACAUCAAGCGCAUCGCACGCGGUGUGCCAGAGGACAAAUGGGACGAUCUGUUUGAGGAAAUUACUCGCGUGAUGAAACCUGGCGCUGCGCUCGAGAUCAUCGAAGACGACCUUAGUUUCCCAGGCAAGACCAACGAAGGCGAGGACGCCCACGUCGAAAGCGACAGCGAAGCGCAUGACAGCAAGGCUAGCCAGCGCCACGAGGACACGAGCGCGAGCGACGCUUACACGGAGACGACGUCGCUCUUUUCGUCCUCCAAAGCAUCCGUUUCGUCCUUGACUCCCGGGCCCGAGGCUGCCGAGGUUGGGAUAGCGCGUGGAGACGAGGCAGCGGAUGGCGAGGAGACGGACUCGAUACCCGGUCUGGCGUAUCUCGACGGCUCGCCCGUGAGCAGCCGAUUCUCGAGGCGCAUGAGCGUCGGGAGUGCCACGAGCAGCAUCGCGCACCAGAUGGGCAUGACUGGCCUGAGACGCAGUCUAAGCGGUCGUGCACCCCCCUCCUCUGGGCGGCAACAGCAGCAGCAACAGCAGCAGUCACAGCAGGAGAAACCUCCAAAGCCGAUCCUGCGCGCUCGGUCGUUCACACUGUCGAGCUCGCACGUCCGCAUCCAGCCCACAUCCGACACGGAGAAGGAGAGGGAACACCUCGAGCGCGAGCGGCGCAAAGCCAAACGCGAGAGCGCCGGUUCAGACUCGGGGCUCGCGAUCGACCGCGGCAGGCGGUACAAUGGUGACAGUGCUAGAGCAUCGCGCACCGGAAAACGCCCGGCAACGUCGCCAGGGGCGAGCAGCAGCGAGCGGCAGCAGCAAGUCGUCGUUCACCCGCCUACCCGCCACUCGUCGCUGUCAGUCCCGAACGCUCUGGUCAAGUCCGCAUCGAGCCCGGCCUCCACCGGGUCCCCCACCGUUCCGCCACUGCCGUUCCUGUCGCCUGCCUCCGCUUCCUCUUCCCCUGCUAUCCCGCAUGCGCAAGCACCCGUUGGAAAACGACCUUCGACGGCGGGCUCCGCCGUCUCCGUUGUGUCUGCCUCUGCUAGGUCUACGAAGUCGGCCAAGGCAGGCAUGAACGCGGCUGCGCAGGCAGUGAUCAGCGACAUUGAUGUGAACCCGCCGAUGUUCGCCGCGUAUCCGGGUGCGCGGAAGCGCAAGGCCUCGACAAGCGCAGGCGGCGACAGAGCAACCUCCGCCGCCGCCGCUGCCACCACCGCCGUUGUCGCGCCCUCGUCAAGUUCCGGUCGCAUGCGGCUGAGCGUGGACACGCGUUCCGUCGCGAGCGGCGGGACGAGCGUGAACUUGCUGCGCAAGGCGCGGCGCACGGGCGCGUCUAUUGGUGGAGAGAGCGCGAGCGAAGGGAAGAGCAGCGGCGACCACCACCCGGACCGGGUUAGCGACGCUGGAGCUGCUGUGAAUGCGACAGUGACGGGACCUCCGCCGCCGCCGAACCCGCGGGACCACACGGUGCUGGAGACGAUCUACAACGAGAUGCAUGCGUCCAGGUUCGUGAAUCUGACGCCGCUGAGCCUGCUGGCGAAUACGAUGGGCUUGUAUUUCAAGGAUGUGCGGACGCACCCUCCCAUCGUCUUCAAGUUCCCACCGCCCCGCACUUCACCGACGGGGGAGCCGCUUUCGCCGCCGCCGCCACAACGGCAGCAGCAGCAGCAGCAGCGAUCUCAUGAUGCGGACGACGGCGAAGACACCCAAACGAGCGCUACGCCGACCGCCUCCGCCUUCAAACCUGGGCCUGGACCACGGAGGCUAGCGGCUGCGCCGUGGGAUCCCGACCGCCAAACGAUUAUCUCCCAGCUCGAGCUGCUCAUGGGCGCGUGCCCGUACGUAUCGCUCGACGACGUGCGCUUCACCGCCUUCUCGCCGUCGCACAAGGCGUCGUUCAACCAGCUUCUGUCGGGCAACAAAAGUCGGGAGGGCAGCACCGUGGGCGCGAGCGACGGUGGCCCGGGCAGCCCGCGCUCGACCGCAAGUACGCUCGGUGACAUGUCGGCGCUGUCUGCUCUCGCAGGGGCGGAGGGUGGAAGCGCGGUCGGCAGCCCGUCGGUUUCUCCUGCGAACCUGGCGCUGUUCAAGACGCGGCUCCCGAACGACAAGCUCGAGAUCGAUCUGCGCACGUUGCCACUGCAUCUGCAUCUGCGGGUGAAGGAAAUCGUGUCGUGCGCGGAGGCGAUGUGGGAGUGGGUGGAGUGGUACCAGACGGAAGGGUGCCAGCCAGGCAAGGGGUUGUCGGCGUCGGCGUCGAUCGAUAACGUGGGUGUGGGCCAGCAGAUCGGAGAGCUGACGAGGGCCGAGUUCGAUGCGCUGCUCGUGCGGUUUGAGAUUGACAUGCGCGAGCACAUCGCUGUCGGAUCUGGCCUCGAGAACCGCUUCGGCUGGAUGGCGCCCACCGGCCCACCGCCAUACGAGAAGCAGGUGUUCGACAACAUGUGCGCGCGCUGGCGGGAGUACGCCGCGUCCGCCGACGCAUCCUCGCAGGGGCCCGACCCCGGUCUGCAGCCGCCAUGGGCUCGCCUGAGCAGGUCGCUACGCGUGUUCGUCGCGUGGAAACCUUAGCUCGCUUCCAUUUCUUCUCCGCCUUCUCGUUGUCGCAGCUAUGAAGCUCAUUAAUUCUCUGUCAUUCGCCACACGCCGCCCGGGACGCGCGUCUCCCUCGUCAUUGUCACAAGCUCCGGCGGCGACGAUCGGACGGGAAUGGCAGGUGCGGAAGCUAAAAAGCUAGGUUAGCCACGCCUGCAGGGCAAGGAGGCAGUAGUGGCUGUAGGUAGCUGGCUUGGGACGACGCCGAUGCUCUGGAGAGGGUGGCCAGUGGGCGGGUGACUUGUCCCAAGCGCCAAUGCUGACAGGCCCUGGUGUCCCCCUGCUGGGCAUUGUUCGCCAGCUAUGGCACUAGCCCCGCUAACGUUGCCGUCCAUCUCGCGAACCUCCGUCUACCACUGGGCGCUCGAGGCCACAAAGUUCAACAUAUCUAAUCAAAGUUCAUCGCUAUCUUCAUUUUCCGUCUUUCUUCCCGUCAUUUGUUCAUCAUCAUCAAGCACGUCAGCGCAUUGGUUUACGACACGCAUGGACACUUGUGCUACUCAUUUAUCCAUUUAUUCUUAAUGAUAUCUAUUCGCCUCUUGCUUAUAAGCUUAUUAUUCUUGUUUGUUUGUCCUUCUAUGCCACAUUAUACCUCGUCGAUAAUGACGCGUUGUUAUAGCUAUUCUUGUUAUUAUAACCUUUUAACUGUAACAUAUGUAAUACGAUGUAAUACC